AUGGCCAUUAUUACAAUGGCGGACCCUCCCCCCGGGGAGACGUACGAUUUUGACUACUCGCAUCGCCAUUUGUAUACGGCCAAUAUGGCGGUGAUUUCGGCGGGCUUAAUCAUCAGCACUAGCUGCCUAGCCUUGCGAGUGUAUACCAAAGCACAUUUGCUGCACAAGUUUGGAUGGGAUGAUGUGUCUAUUAUCCUUGCUUGGGUGUUCUCUGUGGGCACCCAAGCAUGCUCCAUCUAUGGAUACAAACAUGGGGGCAUGGGAGUCCACUUUUGGAAUGUGACACCUGCAGUGUAUGAAGUAUAUGUCAAGGUCGUUCUCUCCGCAGCCAUUGUCUACGUUCCCGCUCUUGCGCUUGCAAAAAUCAGCCUGAUUAUCCUUUACUACCGCAUCUUAUGUCACAAACGGUACCAGCAAUGGAUUCUAUACGGCAUCGCGUUUGUGGUCAGUAGCUACAGCUUUGCGCUCGUCUUGGCCUUCAUUUUCGGCUGCCACCCAAUUCAGAAAGGUUGGGAUAUAUCAGUUACAGGGACAUGUGUUGAUCAAUACGCGCUGUAUGUUGCAACAGCCGUGUUGAACAUCAUCUCCGAUAUUGCGUUGAUUUUGGUACCCAUCCCAACGGUGUUGGGACUGAACAUGCCGGGGAUACAGAAGAUAGGCCUCUUGCUGAUGUUUCUGGUUGGCUGCGCAACUCUCGUCACCGGCAUCAUCCGUCUAAUCACUUUGAUCCCCUUUCUUAAUUCUUCUGACCCAACUUACAAUAUUGGUCGACCAGACCUGUGGAUCAACAUCGAAGCCAACUUCGCCAUCAUCUGCAGCUGCCUCCCCUUCCUCCGCCACUUCCUGCGCCGCUACGCCCCUCGCUUGAUCGGUGAAAACAGCAGUCUUGCGCGUCGUUAUCACAGCUACACUUAUGAUUAUACUGGUGGAAGCCGAGCCCGGCGAAAGGAGGGUCUCACGCAGCUACAGGAUGAUAUUGAGCUUGCCGAGAAUGGAGGAAGUAUGCAUAGUGGAGUUAGAAUAUUCAAAGAUGUCAAGGUGGAGAUCACUACGGAGACGAUGCCGGAUGUACAUCAGGAAAGAGAGAGGGAUGGAUAUAGAUGA